UUAUUGCUAAUUGAAUGUAAAGUAUUGCCACUUCACAGAAUAAGAAACAAUGACUAUAACAAUGGUUAUCUCAAUUAUGCUCCGAUGAGACAACAACAACAACAACAACAAUAUAACAAUAGGGGCCGUUGGUUUCGGACUAAUAACAACUAUGGCAACAAUAAUCUCGGUUAUAAUCAACGGUACAGAUCCCCCGGUUAUGAUAACAAUGGUUAUAAUAAUCAAAAUGGUUAUGAUAAUAGUGGUUACGAUAAUCAGGGACAACAACAGAUUAAGGUCACCGUCAAUGUCCAGAGAAACAUCGAUGGAUCAGUUGAUGGAUCCAGAGAGGGGGCCGCAUUCAAAGGCCCUGAAAAUUAA